AUGAAAAUCAAGCCAAAACGUAUACUAGAAAUAUUAGAAGAAAAAGGUCUACCUGUUCCAAAAAAACAACAAUUAUCAAGUUAUUUGAUAUCAUUAAGAAAAAAAUAUUAUGGUGCUUCAACGAUUAGCUUAGGUGAACUUGAAGCUUGGUGUCAACGAAAUUCAUUAAUACCUGAUGAUGAUGACAAGCCUUGGGUAUUAAAAUAUCAGAUUGAAUAUGAUGAUGAAAUUAAUAAAGAUGAUGAUAAUAAAAAUAAAUUUCGAUUUUUUGUUACUACUAGAAGAUUGCUAUUUAAUGCAAGAUCUCCUUGUUUUAUUAUUGGAACCCCUGAUAUGAUUACACAAUUUCAUCCAUUUGGAUUUGCUGUUUGUUCUAAUGAAAAACAAAAUGAUUUUGAAUUUAUAUUUAGUUAUCUUCGUGAUGGUUUACUUAAUUUAAACUUACAGAUGAAUGAACAAGAAUUAAUACUUAUUGCAGAUGAUGCUGAAGUCAUUAGUAAUGCAUUUUUAAAAGUAUUUGGAACUGAUCAUAAUGUUGUAAUGUGUUGGUUUCAUAUGCGGAAAAAUGUUGAAAAAAAUUUAUAUUUAGU